AUGAUAUUGACUGGUCGGCCUGUUGAUGCUAGAGAGGCGCUUGCUAUGGGACUUGCGAAUCGGGUUGUGCCGAAGGGGAAGGCGUUGGAGGAGGCGACUGCUAUUGCUAGUCAGUUACUGGUUUUCCCGCAGCUGUAUAUGAAUUUGGACCUUGAUUCGUGCUGUUAUAGUGCGUAUAAUGCGAGCUCGUUCGAGGGUGCUAUGCAGAAUGAAUUUGAACAUGGGGUGGAUGUUAUUAGUGCGGAAAGCGUCAAAGGUGCUGCUUUGUUCAAGGAGGGCAAAGGACGGCAUGGGAGUUUUGAACAGCCACAAAGCUUUGAACAAGCAUCACAAAUCUCAGUUUGCUGA